AUGUCCAGCUUGCUCAAGAAUUGCAUGUACUCAUCUGGGAGGCUGGGGGAGUAUCUCGAGUCAACCGCGCGCUAUGGAACAGGCCGCGGGCUCUAUAUCCCGGAGAGUCUGACCAUCCUGGUGAUCCGUAACGGGCAAGGGAGGCCGGAGAUAAUUGUCGCCCCCAAGAGGGACGCGAAGAACAUGUCCAACCGGAAGACAAAGCAUCCGCGUCAUCCUAUGCCCGAGGUUAUCGAGUCCCUUCCGAUCUAUCUUGAUCCCGUCCCUGGAGCCGCUGCUUUGUGGUCUCGGACGGCAACGCGAGGCACCACUCCGUUUUGUGAAGCCAUCUCAGAAGACGGGCCGACGGGAAAGAUCCUCACAGCCGCCUGGUUCACUCAUCAACUACCGGCCCUCGGCCGUCGGGCUGGUUAUAACGAGAAUAUACGCACGCACGACAUACGCGCGGAAGCUCUGGUCAAGGCGGACGAGAAUGGCUACUCACCCGAUCAGAGGAUGCAAUUUGGCGGUCACAGCGACCCCCGUAUCUUCUUCAAUGACUACAUGAGUUCGGUGUCAAGCGUGCAGGGUGUCGGGAACAUCCUCAACCUAACGCUGCGCGACGAUAUCAGCCAGCACUUCCGCGGCCUGUUGAUGAGGCGUCACCCUCAGAUGUGGCAGUCUCUCCCCGCGAAACUCCGUCAAGAUUUGGAGGGGGGGGGGGGCCGAUCCGCAGCUUCAGAUGCUGAGCGCCAGGAUUCUAAAAUUGAGAGGCAAAGUGUCUACGUGCAGAAAUAUAAGCUUAUCGCUCAGGAGUUGGAGAAAUGGCAGUCGCGGCAAGCCCGGGAACGGAAGCCCGGUGUGGACGCGGAUACUGAGAAUGAUUACACAAUCACCUCCCACUGGAGGUGGUUUGAACGGGCUUCCCACCUGAUGCCGGAACGGAAGAGACUAAGCACCAUGCUCUUCCUCCCUGUCCCCCUCCGGAGCCCGGAAGGGCGGCAGGUCCUGCUGGAUAUGGUCGCCCUCUGCCGGCAGAGGAGCAACGUGUCCGACCACCCAGCCCUUGUAGCGGGGGAGAUGACUGCUGCCCUGCAGCUCAGUGUUCGACUCCUGUCAAAGAGUUGGUCACCCUCCCAUGACCUUGGACAGUGGAAAAAAGCUAACCAAAUCUUGGCGUGUGUCUUGACCAGGCUGCCAAAGCGAGAGAGGUGGCGUCACAUCUACCAAUGCCGCAGGGCCCGGCUGCGGCGACAGCAUGGGUUUGCGGGCGUGUGUUUCAUCUGCUUUGAGUGGUUCACUAGCGCGGUCGAGUUCGAGCAGCACUGUCAGCAUCAUCUCUCCCAUCCCGAGACGAUCCCCAUGGACCACGGCUACCUCGAAGUCUCCGGAAUGCUGGCGUGGCCGGCCUACUGCCCUCGCUGCCUUGGCGAUACGGGCCUCCCCUGCAGUCGACGGCUGAAGGCUUUCACGAACCAGCAGUCGUUCCAACGGCAUAUGGAGAAACAUUACACCGAACUGCAUGGCCUCAAGUCCAUUCAAUGCGGUUCUCCACACUGUGACUCUGUCUACAGCUCAGUGCAGGAGCUCCAGUGCCAUUAUGAUGACACUCAUAGCAUCCCCGCACCCACUCGCCGGGCCGAGAUCGGGUCAAGAGCGAGCCAACCGGCCCCGAAAUCAUGUCCGAGUGGGACAAUACAUGUCUAUGAGUGCUUUGAACGAGGGAUCAUGCAGAAGUUGGGUCGCAGUCGGCCGGUUUUCGGGGUAUAA